AUGUUUCCACCACCAUACGAAUUAAUCGAAUGUAUUGAUCUAUUUAAUAUUAUUAAUUCGGAAAUAAAUGGAUUAGCACGUAUUAGUGAUACGAAUUUUCUCUAUUUACUUGAUUGUCGAUCACGAAAAGAAUACGAUGAAAGUCAUGUUAUAAGUGCUACUCAUAUUCGACGAAAUAAAGAAGGAGAAUAUCAAAUACCAUGGCAUGCUGAUCUUGAAACACGUGAACAUAUUGUUCUCUAUGAUAAUCUAACUGAUAGUUUACCAUUGAAUGAACAAGAUGAUAUUUAUGCAUGUGCAAAUUUACUUCAACAACAUGCUGGUGGUUUAACAAUUAUUAAAAUUGUUCGAGGAGGAUAUCAAUUAUUUACAAAAUUAUAUCCAUUUCUACGUACUCAACAAAAUCUUUAUUCACCAAAAGAAUUAGAAUUAAUACAAACAUAUCCAAGUGAAAUAUGUCCACAAUUGGUCUAUUUAGGACGACGUGAACAUGCAGUUAAUUCAAAAAUAGUUAAAGAUUUAAAAGUUCGUGCUUAUGUUAAUUGUACAAAACAUGACGAUUUCUUAGUACAAAAUGGUGAUUCACGUAAAAUUUGUCGUGUUCCUAUUGAUGAUAUUCAUAAUGUGGAUAAUAUAUUUGAACUUUUACAUGAUGCUGUUAAUUUUAUAUCGGUAGCUUUUCAUCGUGGAGAUCCUGUUUUAGUUUAUUCUGAUCGUGGUGUUGGUCGAGCAGCAGCUGUUGUCGUUGCAUUCAUUUCAUUUCAUAUGAGAAUGAGUUCACAACAAGCUUUGAAAUAUGUUGAAGAACAUCGAGACGUACGUCCUCAUCUAUCAUUUAUUGAUUGUAUUGAUCAUUUGAAUGAAAAAUUACAUAAAUUAAAAGAAGCUAUGUCAACUGCUAAUCAAACAUCGACAACUGAAGAUAAAGAAAUAACACAUGAAACUAAAAACUGA